AACCGGAAGUAUCCUCCAGGUAUCUUGAGAGAGAGAGAGAGAGCAGGUGACACUUGUCGUCGCCUCUCUGACUCACACUUUCACGUCAGCUCGGGUCGGGUCCGUGUCGGCGGAGGCUUGGUUGCGGUUUACCUUCCUUUGCUUGUACAGUUGACAUUAUGGCGGCCGCGGAUCCCCGGUCCUCGAGUGACGGCGGGCCGGCCAGCAGAGCAGGAUUCCCGGCGGGAGAGAGCAGCAACGACCGCGACGGGCCGGGCGGCGGCGGCGGCGGCGGAGGAGGAGGAGGCGGGGAAGGAGAACCGGAGAGAGACCGGGCGACGUUCGAGUGCAACAUUUGUUUGGAUACUGCCAAGGACGCUGUCAUCAGUAUGUGCGGACACUUGUUCUGCUGGCCCUGUCUUCAUCAAUGGUUGGAGACGCGGCCCAGCAGGCAGCAGUGUCCCGUCUGUAAAGCGGGCAUCAGCAGAGAGAAAGUCAUCCCACUGUACGGCCGAGGGAGCUCCAGCCAAGAGGACCCCAGGUUGAAAACUCCUCCGCGGCCUCAGGGACAGAGAACAGAGCCGGAGAGUCGAGGCGGGAUGUUUCAGGGUUUCGGGGACACCGGCUUCCACAUGUCUUUCGGCAUCGGUGCUUUCCCCUUCGGCUUCUUCACCACAGUCUUCAACACCAACGAGCCCUUUCACAGAACAGACCAGUAUGCAGGUGAUCACCAAGGCAACGCUAACCUCAACAAUGGCAAUAACAACUGGCAAGACUCCCUCUUCCUGUUCGUCGCCAUCUUCUUCUUCUUCUGGCUGCUGAGCGUGUGACAGAGACCGGACGGAAAACAAACAAAACACAAACUCUGACACACUUUAACCCGAACCACACACACACACACACACACACACACUCAUUUUUACAUUUCCUAGCAGGUACUUAAUUGGGAGAGAAAGCAGGGGGAAACAAUAUAUAUAGAAAUGGGGGAUUUUGGGGUAGUCUCCUCCUGACAAAAGGCAGAUUCACUUUAGCCCCGCCCACCUGCUUUGACGUUUUGUUUAUGCAAGUAACACACACUGGGAAGUAAAGUGGAUGUGUCCCAAAAUGAAUGAUGUAAGCACUCCAUUUCUACAUGCGUCUGUAGAUAUAUGCACAUGGAACAAUACAUAGUGUACAAGCUCACUGAUUGGCUGAAGAGACAGUAUUAUGAGAUGAAGGUGAGAGAAAAAUCUUUUUGUUUUUUUAAUCCAUGCAGAAAAAAACAAGUGGAGGACAUUUUGGGACAAAUUUCUUAUUGUUUUUUUUUAUUCCUCCUGAAUGAGUCUCUGAAUUAUUCUUUAAUAAAAAAAAGAGGAAUAAAGUUUAA